GGGUAGUGGUUUGAACUUUAGCCUUGGCUGAAGCCAUGCGGGUGGCCUGGGACACUUGGGGAGGGAAAGGCUGCCCGAAAGGACAUUAAACGUCCAGAGGCGUACCCGUGGUCAGCGUCCGCGUUUGGUCUUGUCGACGUUGCUAUGAAUCUAGAUGUCCUCCAGAGAUGAUGAAGAACAAGAAGAUGAGCUGCUGGCCCUUGCCAGCAUUUAUGACGAGGAUGAAUUUAAACGUGCAGAAUCUUCUCAGGGUGGAGAAAUAAACAUCUGUUUGGAAUUGCCACCAAACUUCAAAAUACUUUUUUAUGGUGAUGAAAAGCAGAAUAAGAAGGAUCUGAUUGAAUAUAUAGUUUCCUUUCUGCCCCCUCUUGUGUUGAACUUUGAACUUCCACCAGAUUAUCCAUCGUGUUCACCUCCUAAAUAUACCUUGAGCUGCAAGUGGCUUUUCCAAGCUCAGCUCUCUGCACUUUGUACUUACUUGGAUAAAAUUUGGAAGGACAGUGGCAAUUGUGUGGUGCUAUUUUCAUGGAUGCAAUUUUUAAAAGAAGAGACCCUCUCCUUUUUACGAAUUGAGUCACCUUUAGAAAUCCAAAGAAAUAUCAAAGGAACAUCUGACUGUGUUUUGUCUACUAAUAAGAAAAAAGAGCUUGGAUUGCUGGACAAAGCAGAGUCUCCCCUUGACCCAAGAGCUAUCCAGGAUGUGGCAUCAUGGGCUAGUGUUUUACGUGAAAUCUUGGAUUUUGAUCAGAAGCAGCAACAGCAAGCCUUCAAUAGCAAGAUGUUCACCUGUGGUGUGUGCUUUUCUGAAAAGUUGGGCACUGACUGCAUGUACUUUAAGGAGUGUCAACAUGUGUACUGUAAAGCUUGUUUGAAAGAAUAUUUUGAGAUUCAGAUCCGUGAUGGAAAUGUUCAGUGCCUUAACUGUCCAGAACCAAAGUGUACUUCUAUUGCUAUACCAGCCCAAGUCAAAGAUCUUGUUGAGGAGGAGAUGUUUGCUCGGUAUGAUCACCUUCUCCUCAAGUCUUCAUUAGACCUCAUGGCAGAUGUGGUGUAUUGCCCUCGUAGCGUUUGUCAGUCAGUCGUAUUGCUUGAACCUGAGAAUACCAUGGGUGUGUGUCCUGGAUGUCAUUAUGCCUUUUGUGCACUAUGUGAAAUGGCUUAUCAUGGAAUUUCUCCCUGUAAAUUAAAAGCAGAGAAACUUUCUGAAUUGCGGGAUGAGUAUUUAGGAGCGGAUGAAUCUGGGAAAAAACUACUAGAAAAGACUUACGGUCGCCGAAUGAUUGAAAAAGCAGUAGAGGAGUUGUGCAGCCAGGAAUGGCUUGGGAAAAACUCUAAGCCAUGUCCCCGCUGUGGUACAAACAUACAGAAGAUGAAUGGAUGUAAUAAGAUGACUUGCAUUGGCUGUAAGCACAACUUCUGUUGGCUUUGCACAUGCCCACUAUCAAGAGUAGAUCCAUAUGGACAUUUCAGAGAUUCCUCCUCACCAUGUUUCAAUGGGCUUUUCCAAGGUAUUGAGGUUGAAGACGAACUCCUGAGUGACGAAGAUGAUGAUGAUGACAUUUUUUAGCUGUUUUCUGAAGUUGCCAAUGAUUUAUCAUUCCACAAAGCUGAUUUGAUAAGCAUUUGAAACUGGCAAGUUGCUUUUACUUCCAGCCUAUUCAAUUAUGGUCAAAAUAUCCCUCAUAUUAACACUUGCUUUAGACCACAAUGAAACUUCUGGCUCACAGAUUAAAUUAUUUCAGAUUUAUUUUCAGCUUUCAAACAUGUAUACUUGCCAAGAAGAAAUUCGGGGAGAAGGGGCCGCAAAUUUGAGGUGUAAAUCACGUUUCACUUUGGACAGCAUUCAGAGGAAAAUGGUGGAGUUGAAAACUAUUGUCAUUGGGAGCCAUCUUCAAAGCUAAUUAACUGUAGAAAAAUAAUAAGUUCACUAUUCAAUUUAAAUAAAAAAAGCUUGGUUUACCACUGCACCAAUGCCACUACCCCCCUCCUCCCCCCCCCCGCAAAAUCUGGAAUCUUUCCUUAACACCCAGAUUGCCAACUUGCUUUUGUGACCUGUUUUUGUGGUGCUUGGUUUAUUGGCUAGGACAUUGAUGUCAAAACAUUAUCUUGAUGAGGAGCUUAAUCAUGAAGCUUUUCAAGCUAACCUUGGCUAGGAAAUGUGUUUUGAAAUGGAGUUCAAGUUGCAAAACAAAUUGUGUGGGGCCUUUCAUUUGUACGUAUUCAGUUUUGAUUUUGGAGCAGCAUAGAAUUUAAACCAGUCCUGAUGUUUUUAUGUCUCACUUAUAGCAAUGUCAGUGUGAUGGUUUGUAGAGAGUUGAGGAGAAAGAAACAGUAAAUAAAACCUUGUAUUUGUACCAUGAAAUAAAAUGCCUGAUUACUUAUAAGAAAAAAAAGUUGUCCUCCGUCCAUAUUUCCUUCAGUGCCUGAGCCAAUGCUCAUCACCUAUUGCAAAACAUAGCAACUCUCAAUAUUUAGCUGUUUGGCAGCUGGUCUUCUACAAGCUGACCUGAGCCACAAUUCACUGCAUAUUAUACAAGAAGAAAUUAAUAUUUUUGUUAAUUUUUCUUCUCUUUUUCACUCCUUUUCCCAUUAACAAAGAUUCAUUUUUUUUUCUCAGCAUUGCAAAUCAUUUUACUUUUGGAGUAACUCAGCAUCAUUGGUAGAACAAAGCACUCCUUUAGCCCGUAAGUUUUCAUUGAAGGCAAUGGUGGUAGCUGGCUCAAGUGACAUGGAUUUAGGAUCUAGGAUCAAGUCAGCUAGUCCAGUUAUUGGACAGAUUGGUGGUAGAAAGAAGCAAUAAAAUGUUCAUUUAUAAAAAGAUUUAAAAUUUGUGUAAUUAGACUGAAAUCACCUAGUCUUGCAAUAUUUAGAUAUCAUAUACUGUAUAUGCAUAAGCCUGUGUUGCCUAUUGUAUACCUUGAUAUACCUGCAUAAAGUUACAAUAUCAGCUUUGAAUGCAAGAAAGGCAUUUCAGUCAAUGAAGCUGCCCAGUCAUAGUCUGUUAUAUCAGUACAUUCCUAUAGAGUAAAACAUAUUCAAAUAUCAUGAAAAAUAAAUCUGUGGAGUUCAAGAAAUAAUGGGACAAAAAUAUUUUAAUGAUCUGGUAAUCAUGUCUUAGCAAUGCUAAAUAAAUUGUAUAUAUCCUUGUGGUUAACCACUGAACAGUUUUUUUUUCCUCUGUUUUCUUUCACUGUGUUUAAAUCUCAGUUAAUUGUCGUUGAUAAAUAUGGUGUGUACUAGUUUUCUUUUUGGAUUUGGUUAAUAUUCCAGAUAUGAUUUGAGGUUUUACUUUAAGGAUUUUCUUCUAAUAAAGGAAAUGUCCAUAGAGCUCCAAAUUACUCUUUGAUUAAAGGAAUUAUUUUUUAAAUAAUGUUGCUGUUACCAGUUUUGAGUUUGAUACUUUUUGGAAAAAGACAACUUGCAGAAAGCUCCAACUUGUGUGGGCUAUGCUUAAUGGAGCAAUGUACUAAUGUGACCCACUUUCCCUUUAAUGCCCUUACCAUGAUUUAAUGCUCAUUCUGGAUUUAUGUAGAAAUUUUCUUGCUGACAGGUUUAUGAAGUUCAUCCUCAAGCACCAUGGACAAACUUUACUACCCUGAUUUAUCUUGGGACUUAUUAGUGCCCUGGACCUUUUGACUUAUGUAGACAUUUUUAAUUGCUCUUGCCUUUCCUUAUCUCCUAUCUCAAUCAUCUGUUUAAAAUAUUCAUGUAGCUCUCCUUUUCACAUAGUAUGCUGUAUUUCAUAACAGGGCAACUGAAUGGGCUGACACCUGGCUAUUUUGUUUUCUUACAGAGGUACGUAGUUUUAACUAAGAUAAUUCAGAUGGAUAUAGUUUCAGGACUGGUGAUCUUUUUAAAACAAUAUCAUCUUUCAGAGAAAGUUAACUUUAGAGUUUUGGUUGUGAAGUGAUUUUUUUUUAAAACAGCUGUGAAGUAAUAUAUAUAUCAGAUGCUUAAAAUUGAAUUUCCUUGUAUAAAAGAAUUUGAAGGGUAGCUGUUCUACUGAA